AUGGCCAUUAAAGAGAUCCUUCAAAAUGAUCAACAGAAAAUCGUGGCCAGUGCCUUGAUAUUCAGUCCCAUAUCCGCUGUCAAAGAGCUGAUAGAUAAUAGCAUUGACGCGGAGGCAAAAAAUAUAUACAUUGAUAUUGAUUCGGUAUCAGGGGGAUGCGAUUUUAUAAGUGUCAGGGAUGAUGGAACAGGUGUACCUAUUCCAGUUAGACCAAUGAUGUGCUUGAAUCAUACUACAUCGAAAAUUAAUACGCUGCAAGACCUGUCUACGUUGACAUCGUUAGGAUUUAGAGGAGAGGCAUUGUUUUUGCUAAGUAGUCUGGCGGUACAGGGGGGUUCUCUACAAAUUACGACCAGGUCCGCAGAGGAAAGAAUAGCUGAUAGCUGGUACGUUGGCAAGGAAGGACACAUGAAUACCAGUACUCGAGUGAAAACGCCUGCUCCAAUAGGAACAUCCGUGAUAAUUAGAAACCUUUUGAGUGGGCUAAAGGUACGGCGCAUGGCGUAUGCAUCGCGGGCGAGUAAAGCCAUCGAAGAUAUCAAACAGCUCUUAACCAACUAUUCCUUGAUUUUCCGCAGAGUGCGAUUUAGCCUCUCAUUAAUCUCACUUUCCAAGAGGAAUGGCUUUAUCUCCAACAAAGAACUCCAACAGUCGUUGAGUGCGGAUAUUGCUCGAGCAAGAACUUUGUCUGCUGUUGCAAAGCUUCGAAAACCGGUGCAAUCAAAUUUCAUUGUCCGGGAAAAUCUCAAAAUCAGUGAAACCCUCCAACUCGAGCUGAUUUUGCCGAAAAUGAUCCCUAAUUCAGAAGUUAUCAACGUAAAGAAACUUCAUAAAAUUUUGUCCGUAAACAAUCGAGCGAUGUCACCACGAUUGGAGAUGGGUCGUUCAGUAGAUAAUUUACUGAACGGCAUAUAUCGUGAGUUUUCCUUACUGAAACCAACUGUGUGGUUCAUCAACAUCAAGUGUCCCAUGAAGAUGUUGGAUGUAAACAUCGAACCUGGUAAAGACGAUGUUCUUUUAAAUGAUUUUGAUUCGGCACUGGUAACUAUACGCAGUGUAAUAAAAGAGUUGCUAAGUGCUGAACUCGAUAUAGAAAUGAGCAACCCCCCCCCAAAAUUGAUACCUUCUAGAGUUAGCUCGGAUAUUGAGCCAACAAAUGCCCAUGAAUACCAAAGUCCAGAUCAUGCUAUCCUGAGAAAUAAUGAUGAUAGAAGAGAGAUUACGCCUAGAUCGAAUCUUCUUCUAGAGGACGACACUGAACCGUUGCUGGAGGCAAACACAACUCUCUUUGAUGACACGAAUAAGGAACCCCUGUUAGCUUCGGAAGGAGAUCAUGGACUAGAAGAUGAGGACCCCAGCUAUGGAGACGAUCUACAACUAAGGAAACACAAUCCCGGUACAUCUGCCGGUUCUAUUGGAUCAAGCGACGGAACCUGGCAGCACACUUAUUACGAUGAACUUCCAGCCACCAGUCAACCUAGUAGGCCAAGCUCAAAUGGAUUACCGUCGUUUCUAACACACGGAUACGAGAAAUCUGAUGAAACAAACGAUGACGUGGAAUUAUCGAAAGAUUUGAGCGUCUCCAAUCCGUUCACUCUAACAAAGAUGAGAACGAGCAAUGCAAGCCGAUUACCAGACGGUGUGAAGAAGAAGGCACAAAGUUCAUGGACAUCAUUCGACAACUUAAAGAAUUCUAACCUACAGGAAGCUACCGAACAUAAAGCAGUGUCAAUUACCGAUAAGAAGAUGGAAACGGUGCGUAACAGUCACUCUAAUAACAUGUCACAGGUUAAUUUGAGUAGGAAAAGGGCGUUGCCAGCACAAUCUGAACCCGUCAUAACUGGAAAUGUAAAAAAUCGGCGUAAAGGUUCGAGACAUUUAACAAUGUUUUCUGAAUACACAAAUAGCUACUCGAUUUAUAUCGAUUACGUGCCCAGGGGCAGCGUAAUCUCCGAACUCAAGGAUUUCACUCAAGAACAACCCCGCAUAGGGAUACAUCUAUCGAACAAUAUACUGGGAUUUCUCAAAGAAAAAUCUAAGGUGGAAGAUGCAGUGCAGCUUGAACACUUGACAGAGACCAACGAGGGCUGGCACCGGCUCUCCACCGGAAAUCUCUAA